CCCGUGGGUGUCACUGGAGAGAAUCCGCUCGGGCUCCGGGUGCUCCCUGUGGCUUGGCUGCCUGGCGGCUGUAGGCUCCUCCGGGCGCACCUGACAAGCCUCCCCGGAGCCUGGGCCACUCAGGUGCACCCGGCACUUGGUGAGCGCCCCGGGGCGUGAGCUCCAGUAGCUCGGGCUCCCCGAGAAGAUCCAGACUUUGAAGUUCCAGACCUUGAAGUCCCAGAGGCCACCGCCUGCAGGUGCAGCGGCUGCCCAGGCCGCCUGGGACCGCCGGGGGCGCCACGCGCCGCGCGCCCGGGCGCAGGGAUCGGAUAGUACGCGGCCAGCGGUGCGCGCAAGGCUCGGUCCCCGCGCGCCAUGGGGGCGCCACACGCCAUCGGCAGCUUCGGCGUCUGGGACUACGUGGUGUUCGCAGGCAUGCUGCUCGUGUCCGCGACCAUCGGCAUCUACUAUGCCUUCGCGGGCGGCGGCCAGCAGACCUCCAAGGACUUCCUGCUGGGCGGCCGCAGGAUGACCGCCGUGCCCGUGGCGCUGUCCCUCACCGCCAGCUUCAUGUCGGCCGUCACCGUGCUGGGCGCGCCCGUCGAGGUGUACCGCUUCGGGGGUGUCUACUGCAUGUUCGCCUUCACCUACCUCUUGGUGGUGGUUCUCAGCGCCGAGGUCUUCCUUCCGGUGUUCUACAAACUGGGGAUCACCAGCACCUACGAGUAUUUGGAACUUCGGUUUAACAGAGCCAUCCGCCUCUGCGGGACAGUCAUCUUCAUCGUUCAGACCAUUCUGUACACUGGAAUUGUCAUCUAUGCUCCUGCGCUGGCUUUGAAUCAAGUCACAGGGCUCGAUCGGUGGGGCGCGGUGGUGGCCACCGGCGUGGUCUGCACGUUCUACUGCACACUGGGCGGCCUCAAAGCGGUGGUCUGGACAGACGUUUUCCAAAUCGGCAUCAUGGUGGCCGGAUUUGCAUCUGUGAUUAUCCGGGCCGUGGUAAUUCAAGGCGGCGUGGAGAGGAUCUUAAAUGACGCAUACAAUGGGGGAAGAUUAAACAUCUGGAAUUUUAACCCUAACCCUCUGCAAAGACACACAUUCUGGACGAUCGUCAUAGGAGGGACCUUCACGUGGACCAGCAUCUACGGGGUCAACCAGUCACAAGUGCAGAGAUACAGCGCCUGUAAAAGCAGAUUCCAGGCGAAACUGUCUCUCUACAUCAAUCUUCUGGGACUCUGGACAAUCGCCGUCUGCGCGAUGUUUUGUGGGCUUUCCCUGUAUUCCAGGUACCUGGACUGUGACCCCUGGACAUCCAAGAAGGUGUCCGCGGAAGACCAGCUCUUGCCUUACCUGGUACUGGACAUUUUUCAAGGUUAUCCCGGCGUUCCUGGGCUUUUCGUGGCCUGCGCUUACAGCGGGACCUUAAGCACAGUGUCCUCCAGUAUUAACGCGUUAGCUGCGGUGACCGUGGAGGACCUCAUCAAGCCCUGCUUCCGGUCACUGUCGGAGAGGUCGCUCUCCUGGGUUUCCCAAGGAAUGAGUGUGCUGUACGGCGUCCUGUGCAUCGGAAUGGCUGUUCUGGCCUCGCUGAUGGGAGGUUUGCUGCAGGCGGCGCUCAGCAUCUUCGGCAUGAUUGGAGGACCGCUUUUGGGCUUGUUCUCUUUGGGCAUUUUGGUCCCCUUUGCCAACUCAGUAGGAGCGUUUGUCGGUUUGUUGACUGGCUUCAUGAUGUCCUUAUGGAUUGGAAUUGGAGCUCAACUUUACCCCCCACUUCCGGAGAGAACUAUGCCGUUAUACCUCGCCACAUACGGCUGCAACAGCACGUACAACGCGACCGAUGUGGAGACUGCCACAGAAAUACCAUUUCCUACUGGUGCUUCUCAAACCCACAGUGUGGAAAGGACCCCGCUGAUGGACAACUGGUACUCCUUGUCCUACCUGUACUUCAGCACCGUCGGGACCUUGACAACCUUCUUGGUGGGGAUGCUUCUCAGCAUAGCAACAGGAGGAAGAAAGCAGAACGUGGACCCCAAGUUCUUACUCACCAAAGAGGACUUUUUAUCUAACUUUGAAAUGUUUAAGAAAAAGGACCAUGUUUUAAGUUACAAAUCUCAUCCGGUGGAAGAGGGUGGCACUGACAACCCUGCCUUCAACCACGUGGAACUGGGCUUCACAGAUCACAGCGGCAAGGCUGGUGGGACUCGGCUGUGACACGGGAAGAUGGAAAACUGUGCCUCAGUUUUAUGUUUUCUAGGAUAUUGGGAUCAGAAUUAGAUAUUUUUCCUAUCUAACAUGAGUUUUGGGGGCUACGGUUUUGUUAGAGUCCAGUCCUGACUUUCUUGCCUUUCUGUGAUGAUUUGUUAUGGUCCUCUGGGGUCAGGGGUUUGGACACCAGCAUUCCCUCUCUCUUUUAUGUCAGUGAACUGCACUUCUGACCACACACCUGCCGAAGAGCUGACACACACAUACACAUGUGACACUUGACGGUCAAAGGCAUCUUCUGAAAUUUGGGCAUUAUUGAAAACGUUUUCCAUGCCUUUGGUGCUAGGAUAAAACCUUCAGCAUUUGCCAGAAUCAGAAUCCAUGUUGAAUAGAGCUUUCCUGCCACGUACACUUUUCUUAGGGAGCAAGGAGGUGACAGACUUGUGUUGUGGGGGUUUUGCUUCUUAGCCUGGCUGGGCCCAGGGCAGGAAGGAAGCAUGAAACUGAUUCUGGUGCGGAAAGGCGGGAAUCUGGAAGCAGAGACCCAAAUGAUCUGGUCUCUUGCAUCUGAUCUGGUGCCUUUGGCUUGCUUUCUGAGGUGCCUGGCCUCUGGCUGCUUAUAUUACCUAAAACUACAGUGCUUACCUACGUGCUGGUUUCUGAACCACAAUUUUGCUUCCCAGUUCUCCGCUGACCCUAUUGGCCUGGGCUUGGAUAGGUCUGGAUACGCCCAGGGUGAAUCAUCCACAGAGACCUGAAAAUUGCAAACUCUCAGGGGUCUGGUACCCAUCGAUGUAAAGCGAUGUGGAUUCUUACAGAUUUGGUGACCUGAGAGCUGUGUUUUAAACAAUGAUUAAGUUCAGGGUUGGGGUGUAGCUCAGUGGUGGAGCACUUGCUCACUUAUUCAAGGCCCUGGGUUCUUUCCCAGCACUAAAAGACAAAGCGGAGUUUCAUGGACUUAGCUGGUUUCGCUUAAUGCUGCUGAAUUAAACACUGGACUGUCAACGAAUCUGUAGUCAGUUAAGCUGACCGAUGGUACCUAUGUUUAGGAAUUUUGAAAUUUUGAAAUUGGUUAAGAGACCAAAUUAAAUACCAGGUAGUACUUUACCUGUGAAUGCACCAAAAUUACUGAAUAUCUGCUUGGUUUGAUGUUUUAAAAUUUCAUAUUGAGGUCUCAAAAUUGCUCAGUUGUUUAUACUGCUGUGCUCUUAGCUAAGAGUUUGAUACAAGAUUUCAUCAAUAACUUAUUUUUUCUACAACAACCACAUUAGAUACUGUUUAAAAUUUUUUAAAUUUUUAAAGUUUUUUAAAAAAGAUGAAAGAAAUAUUUAGAAAUAGAAAACGUGUAUGUUUUAUAAUUCAGUAAUUUUGUGCAUAUUUUCUGACCUUUCUUUGGGAAACCAUGCUCUGUACCUAUAGAGGUUACUGAUAUUAAGAAAUAAAUAAAAUAAGCAGUAACAUAUUGCUAGAGUAAGAGAUUUACACAGCAUUUCAGUUCACUAUAUAGUCAUGUAUUUCUUAUUUCAUAAUUCUAAUUCUACUUUCUUAUUUCAUAGUUCUAAUAAUAAUAUUAAUUUCUUAUUUAAUAAUUCUAAGUGCAUGUGUUUAAAGAGUGAUUUAAUUUUGGAAAUCAAAAUCUGGCUCUUUAAGUAACCUUUUCUUUUACCUGACUGCCUAGAAGGUAGACAAUACGGAUUUUUUGUUUUUCUUCUUUAUCAGUACCGGGGAUCGAACUCACAACUGCCUGCUUGCAAGGCAGGCGCUUAUGCCACUGAGCUAAAUCCCCAGCCCCUGACAAUGUGUUUUUAAUGAGAAAUAUAAAACUUUCAUUCUUGUCUGUAUCCUGAGGGUAAAGUCUACCUUUGUGACCACUGAGGCUAUCAGUGUUUUACAUUUACAGACACACAAGGGAGCCAGGUAGAUUUCUUCACAAAACAAAGCAACACUGUUAGUAAUUAAAAAUAAUGUAGCGUAAUUUCUAAAAUUUGCAGUAAAAUGUUAAAAUAUUAUAGUGAGAAUAAAUAAUCUGCUUCUCCUAAUUAUUUUGAAACCCGAUAACUCAAUAGGAGAAAAAGUCACCCAGAUUGUCUGUUUGCUUUUUUGUUUCCACUGCCAAGUUCUGUGCCCUUAAACCGCCCUUUCGCCCCUCAUAACACACUUUGUGGGGAGUCUCCUGGUGGCAUGCAGCACUGGGCUCUUCCCUACCUGACCAGAGCGAUGUGAGUAUGAAGAUCAGACUGAGCUUGAUGGCAGGAGAGCAUCAAAUUCACUCAGAGAGCGGCACUAAUGUUUCAGCAAGACUGAGGAUCAAAUCUGACACGGAAGCCGCUUUCCAGAUUUUUAAAAGAUGAGCCACCAGUGAGCUGUAAUGUAGUGGUGAGAGACACGACCUCUCCAAAGCUACGCGCCUUGGAGUAUUAAAGUCUACUUCGGAUUCAGCAGGAUCGUUCCAACUGGAUAAAUGUCAGCUUUAAAAACAGGUAGAGCUCAGUCUCACUCAUCUCACAGAGAAAGGAAGAUUUUAUAGGGGAGAGGUGGAGCGGCAGACAUUCGCGUUCAUCUGUUGAGCUACUUAAACAGUGAUUUUCUCCAUGGCCCAUGAGACGGGUCAGCUGAGCUCCCCCAACAAAAAUGACCCAACCCCAAUCUCAGCACUGAGGUGAGGGUGAACAGUCACGGUGUGGUGGCCUGUCUUCUGUCAGGAAGGGGACCUGACGCUCGGUCUCAGCAUUGUCAUCUAAGGCCGCAGCAAAAGUACCAGGAUCGUGUAGAAUGUCAGGAUGCAGAAUAAUGAGCACAGGGUUUUCUAGCACCCUGAAAAGAUUAAGGGCCGUAGAACGGGGAGUACCGUGCACACCAGUCUCAGGACACCCUAAUGUAGCUGCUCUGCGAACAUUAGGGUGAAGAAGAUAGUAAAUGUAUCAAAGCAAAGAUUUCAUAAUUUCAUUUUAUUCAGGAAAACCACAGAAGUGCAGGCUUCUUUUUUUAAACAACUGAAUGUCCCGCGACAUAGUCACAUGGGACAGGGCUGAGGUUGACCUGGAGCGAGUGACUCUUUGAAUUGAUUCUUGCAGGGAUUUCUGAGACUCUUUUCCAUGAAUAUUGUUGGUAAGGUGUCAGCUGAGGGGCUUGGGGUGGAGCUCAAGGGCACAGCACUUGCCUAGCAUGCUCAAGGCCCAGGGCUCAGUCUUUCACACUGCCCAGACAGACAGACAGACAGACAGACCAACCCAAGUCAAGUGAGUAUGUGGCCAUUUAGUACUUACAUUCACCCUAUGCUCUUAGAUUCAAGCGUCAUGCCCCUUGUUUAUGAAAAGCUUGAGAUCACUGAACAUUAGAAAUAAAACACGGCUGGAAACCUGAUCUUCUGAGUUGGUGAAUAAACUAUAAAAAUCUU